CAAGACUUUGGGGUCAGCUGGUACUCCACGUUGAGCGGUUUAAAAACAAUAAUAAAUCAAAAUAAAACAUUUUUUUUUUUUUUGUUUCUUCCUUUUUACGCACAACACAAAGCACUUUUUUUUUUCAUUUAAAAAUGUCAUAUUCUUCAAGUGUACCUUCAACAGACAAUUUCGAUAGAGAGUCUGCGGGUUCAACACCUCCAUUACCCGAACAGGCUUGUGAAAUCCAGUCCUUAAUGUGCACCUUUUUAAAACAACAUACAGCAUACGACGUUUUACCCGUGAGUUAUCGACUCAUUGUUUUCGAUACUCGACUCUUGGUGAAAAAAGCCCUUAAUGCACUUGUGCAAAAUGGCAUUGUUUCUGCUCCUUUAUGGUCCAGUGAAAACCAGAAAUUCGCUGGCAUGUUGACGGUUGCGGAUUUCAUCAACCUUAUUCAAUAUUAUUAUACCCAUUCCUCUGUCGAAGAUGCAUUUCGGGAAAUUGAAAGUUUUGAAUUGGCUCAUUUACGUAACGUGGAGAAAUUGGUAGGUGCACCUGCUCCACAAUUAGUGUCGAUGGAUCCCAUGGCCACAUUGUAUGACGCUUGUCGCAUGCUGGCACAAAGUAGAGUGCAUCGUGUUCCCUUACUAGAUAUUGAGCCAGAGACCGGUACAGAAAUGAUUGUGAGUGUCAUUACACAAUAUCGUAUAUUGAAAUUUAUCGCAUCCAAUUUUCAACAUACAAAGGUUUUACGUCAGCCUUUGUCUGAACUCAAGAUUGGAACAUAUGAUAAUAUCGCCACAGCAUCCAUGUCAACUCCUGUAAUUCAGGUAAUCAACAUGUUUGUCGAACAAAGUAUUAGCGCAGUACCUAUUGUGGAUUCGAAUGGAGUUGUGAUCAACGUAUACGAAACAAUUGACGUGAUGAGUAUUGCUAGAUCAGGUAGAUAUAGAGAAUUGGAUAUUCCGGUUGGAGAGGCAAUGGAAGCAAGACCUAAAGAUUACCCUGGAGUUCAUACAUGUACACUCAACGAUACACUUCAUUCCAUCUUUCGAACAAUUCGAAAACAAAGAGUGUAUAGAUUAAUCAUUGUGGAUCACGAAAACAAAUUGAUUGGCAUAGUUAGUUUAUCCAACAUUCUCGGUUAUCUCGUAGGGUAUAAACGAGAAUAACAACAACAAAAAUCAGCCUCUCUUCUCACCAUUUGUAUCAUAUCUUUAUCAACUCUAAUAAAAAGAAAAUAGAGAAAAAAAACUAUGCAAAAAAGUGUAUGUGGAUCCUUUUGACGUGUACAAAACUCUUUUUGAAAAUCCUCUCCUCCCCCCCCCCAGAUUCCUGUGCGACGGUUACACAGUACUCAUAAGCAGAUGCAUCCAAUAGAAAUUUAUGACUCAACAUGAUUUGG